AUACGGUGUACACCACGGAUUAAGUUGAACUAUAUUUAUUUAUAAUUGUUUAUCUUAAAUGUUAAUCCAUGGUCACAGAUAUGUAUAAUACAUACAUAAUACACCUACUUCCGAAGACAAUCGAGUUGAGAAAAAAUCUACCUUUAUUGGAAUUACCACACUUCUCAUUAUAGAUGACUUAAGUAUGAAACUCUGAGAAUACCGACUAUAAAAGGGAUUAUUUAUGGCACAUCAAUACUUGAAAUAAAAAUAAAAUAUUAUUUAACUUUAUGAAUUUACAAGACUUUUCAAUAUUGUAAAAGCAGUGUGCUUAAUAUGUCCUAUGGUGGAAGUAGUGCACAAGAAAAUGAUAAGAAUGGAUUUUCUUACAUGGACGAAGUUCCAGUUAAAAUUAUUGAAAAAUACAAGCCUCCAAAAAAGAUAGCAUUACCUAGUGUAUUACAACACAAACCUUUUUCCAAUGCACUGAAGCAGCAGUAUGAUUUUAGUUUAGAAAAAAAUGUACUUGAAAAAAUGGCUAUAUGGGGCAAAAUACGAGAAGAAGCUCGAAGUAAACGCCAAUCUAAAGCUACAGAAUUCAAAACACAAAAUUUUUUAGACAUAGACAAGUUAUCUAUAUCAUCACAACCACAAAAUACUCAAGUUUUACAACCAAUACCUGCUCAACAAACAAAUUUUAAGAUGUCUUCAUUUGACAGCAUGCUCACUAAAAAUAUAAAUAUAUCAGAUUUUGAGUCUGAUACAUCCAGUCCAUUUGACAAUAUGGAAUUAAAAACUAUUAAUGAUUUAGAAGAAUUAGCAUCUGUCCUAAAACCUACUUCUGUUUUCAACAAUACUAACAGCAAAGAUUGCCAGUUAUCUGAUUUAAAUGUUUCUCAGCUUUAUUCAACAACCACUUUUAAUAAUCAUCAAGAAACUCUCGAAAGCAACAAAUUUAUGCACAGUGUUAAUACACAAACAAAUCAACAUAUUAGUUCUCUUACUACCUUUAAGUCAAAUGUACUCGAUGACAUAAAUAAAACUACUUUGCCACCUGUUACCAUGCCAAAUAUUUUAUUGCAACUAAAAGCUGAUUUAAACGCUUUAAAGUAUAAUGAUGAAUCACCAGAUGAUCCCCAAAAGUCUCUACCAAAUAUCACAACAAAUGGGUCUAAAUCACCUAUGUGUUCAUUUCCUAACCCGUAUAGAUCACUUUCACCAACUAGCCAAUGUAGAGCUGAUCAAAUGCAUCAAAUGGGAUUUCCUUUAUCACGUGCCGCCCGCGCAUGUAAACUAUUUGGUAAAGACGAAUCUAAGGUAAUAGAGUUUUUAAUUCAAAUACAUUCCAUUGAGGAGACCAGUGGCUAUUCAGCUGAUCGUGUAGAACAAGCGUUGGUGGUUAAUAAUUUUAAUGUGGACCAUGCAAUUAAAUUUCUUAAAAAUGUUGAUAGGCUGAUUGAUUUUGGAUUUAGAGAAGAAAAUAUAUGCAGUGCACUAGUUAAGUGUAAUAAUGAUCCUGAUAAAGCACUUGAUAGUCUUGUGUCUUAUUAAGAAAAUAUACACAAGAAUAAAUGAUUAAAAUUUUAAAUAAUCAUGCAUUGUGAAGAAUUAUAAAUUACAGCCGAACUGAUGUGGUAGAUUUAUUGUGAUAUAUACUUAUUACAAAAUUUGAGAUACAAUUUUAUUUAAAUGGUAUACAUGUAUAAUCAUAACUAUUAUAAUGAUCUUUUAAUUUCAAGAAAUAUAAUGCUUUUCACUGCUUAUGUUCCUCCUUUAAAUUGUGUAAUAGUUU